AUGUUCAGACAAUUGCCUGGCCAGACAUUGAGAUCUGUGAGGUUUACUCAACCAGUCAGAUGUUUGUCUUCGAUCACCAAGUUCGACACCAAGAAGUUUGUCCAAUCGCUACAGACCAGAGGAGGAUUCACCCAGCAACAGGCUGAAACUGCAGUUAGCAUAGUUAGCAGAGCCAUAAAUGACGGGAUCUAUUCGAUAACCAACAAUUUGAUAACAAAAGAAACACUUUCAUCCACAGCUUACCAGCAGAAAGUAGAUUUUGCCAAAUUAAAGGGUGAACUCCAGACGAUGGACAAAUCGGAGUUCACUAACUUGAAAAAAGAACAGGAGAACCUACGCACGGACUUGACCAAUUUGAAAAACAGAUUGAAAGAGGAAAUGACAAGAAAUCUGGCUGGGGUCAGGUUGGAUUUGAAUUUGGAAAAGGGAAGAAUCAGAGAGGAAUCUUCGAUCCACGAACUGAAGAUUGAGGAUACGUAUACACGAAUCGACGAGGAGAUUGCCAACAUGCAAAUGCAGAUCAAGUCGGUCAAGACUCAAGUCAUGCAAUGGUUGAUUGGUGUUUCUUCUGGUACAUUUGCGCUUUUGUUGGCAUUCAUCAGAUUCUUUGGAUAG